AUGGAACGAGGACGUCCUAAACUGAAACUACGCUUUACACCAUUUACAACUUAUGAAAGAUUCGAGAAUGAAACUGAGCAGUUGUUUCUGCACUGUCCAGAAGAAAAAACACAGACGAUUUCCGAUACAAAACAAGGCUUGACAGCACUUGAAGCAGCAUGGAAUGUUACCAAUGCAAUUCAAGGAAUGUUUUUAGUUAGUCUACCAUACUCCGUUCAUCACGGAGGAUACUGGUCUUUACUUGCAAUGGUUGGUGUCGCAUGGAUAUGUACUUACACAGGUCAAAUACUCAUCUCGUGCUUGUAUGAACCGAGUCCAUCGACCGGAUUGUUGACGAAAGUACGACAUUCAUAUGUCGAUAUUGCGGAACAUAUUUGGGGAAAGCGUUACGGUGGACGAUUGCUUUUCAUUGCGCAAAAUAUCGAAUUAUUGAUGACAUGUAUUUUGUAUUUGGUUCUCUGUGGAGAACUGCUCGCUGGAAGUUUUCCUCAAUUUCGAAUUCCUGUUCGUUAUUGGAUAUGUCUCUCGUGUUUAUUUACGCUUCCAUAUUCAUUUAUUCGUAGUCUUCGUCUAGUCUCCCGUUUUAGUGCUGGAAAUGCCGUCGUUCAUUUAAUUAUAAACAUGAUUAUCAUUAUCUAUUGUCUUACAAAAGCAUCAACAUGGGAUUGGUCAAAAAUUCAAUUUCGCAUAAACAUCGCAUCGUUUCCAACAUCAGUCGGAAUUAUCGUUUUUAGUUAUACAUCUCAAAUCUUUCUUCCAACAUUGGAGGAUAACAUGCGAUAUCCAUCUCAAUUCAAUGCCAUGCUUAGUUUGUCUCACAUUAUCGCUGCAAUAUUCAAAACUGGAUUCGCUCUAAUUGGUUUUCUGACUUGGCAAGACGAAACAUCCGAAGUAAUAACAAAUAAUCUACCCACGCAGGAACUACGUCUGAUGAUUAAUUUAACAUUAGCGAUCAAAGCACUUCUCUCUUAUCCACUACCAUUCUUCGCGGCGUGCGAACUCAUUCUGCCGAAGUUUUCUCUUUCGAAUGAUACGACAACAUGGAAAACGAUUUGCGCACGAAUUCUGAUUAUACUAAGCACAUUAAUGAUGGCAUUAUGUAUUCCACAUUUCGCGCAACUAAUGGGACUGAUUGGAAGUAUAACUGGAGUGUUUCUUUCCUUAGUAUGGCCGUGUUAUUUCUAUUUGUAUCUCAAAAGUUACUCGCUUUCAUGGGCAACAAUCGGAACGAAUUUAGCGAUUAUUUUCUUUGGAUUUAUGUGUACAAUUUCAGGAAUUAUCGAUUCAUCGAGAGAAUUAGCGAAGAAAUUUCGGGAAUAA